UGUCAAAGUUGGCGGAUUUUCUGAAUGGUUGAGAAAUAUCCUCUAGCAGUAUCUAAUUAUUCGCGGGAAACUAACGACACGUGUAGUGCACCACGUGCAGAUUACAUGCACUUGUUCCGUGACCCAGUUAACGGAGAUAUUCCAUGGCCAGGUUUGGUCGGAAUAACAAUCAAUUCAAUAUGGUACUGGUGCUCAGAUCAGGUGAUUGUACAGCGAGCUCUUGCCGGUAAAACUUAUGACCAUGCCAAAGCCGGUACAAUCCUGUGUUCAUACAUCAAAAUUUUACCACUCUUCAUGCUCGUGUUUCCUGGAAUGAUUGCCCGCAUUCUUUUCCCUGAAACUGUUGGAUGUGCUGACCCAGAUAUAUGUAUGGAAGUAUGUGGAUCACCUUCAGGAUGUUCUAACGUUGCCUAUCCUCAACUUGUCAUCAACUUAAUGCCUCCAGGAGCCCGAGGAAUGAUGUUAGCGGUAAUGUUGUCUGCUCUGAUGUCAUCAUUGACGUCAAUAUUCAACAGCAGCAGUACAAUAUUUGCCAUGGAUAUAUGGACACAUAUACGAUGUAAGGCUAGUGAACUAGAACUUAUGAUAGUUGGAAGAGUUUUUGUAGUUGUGUUGGUAGUUAUCAGUAUUGUCUGGAUCCCGGUAUUACGUCAUGCCAGUGCACAACUGUACGUUUAUAUACAAGAAGUCUCUAGUUUUUUACAGCCCCCUAUAUGCUGUAUAUUUCUACUGGCCAUUUUCUGGCCGAGACUUAACGAGAAGGGAGCAUUCUUCGGUCUUGUGACAGGGAUGCUUGUGGGAAUAGCACGGUUUAUAGGAGAGUAUGCUUACGGUAAAGUUUCAUGUGGUGAAGACCCUACAAGUGUUCCAGCAAUCAUCAGAAACUUUCAUUACCUAUAUUUCUCCGUCUUCUUGUUUGUCUUGACUGGAAUAGUGGCUGCUCUCAUCUCUUUGUGUACCAAACCUAUAGACGAGCGCUGUCUAUAUAGGUUAACUUUUUGGAGCCGUCACAGUAAAGAACCUAGGAUAAACAUAGACACGUGGUUGGCAGACAAACGUAUAUCUAGCGGAACCGGAAGUGAGACGUCGGUACAGUCACAGGAACAAGAACUGAAAAUGCUUAAAUCAAAUAAAGAAAACGGAUCUGUGAUAGCAGACGAUACGACAGACACUCUCAUAAAAGAAGAAAAAGAAACGGGAUUAAAUAAAGUUAAUUUUGAUCAUACUAAAGACCCCGAGGUGCUUGAAGUUGUAUUUACUAAGAAAGGACAAGUUACAUGGUACCGACGUGUAGGUAACUGGAUUUGUGGAUUAGAAAACAUGGAGCAAACCAUUCAUAAACAGGUAGAGCGUGAUGAUAUGUUAAACGUGACUGAGAAGAGAAUAUGGAAGAUUGUAUCUAACAUUAGUGCUGUUAUAAGUAUGAUUCUGAUGCUGUUUCUAGCUAUAUAUUUCGCUUAAAGAGACUUACUACAACUGAAGCUAUAAGGACCAUAACAUGCAUGAAGAAUUCGCUUUUUACUCUGUAGUUGUAUGAUUAAAACUGAUACAUGUAAGAACUUAAAUACCAGCAAGAAAUAAAAAAUUAAAGCAGUGAAGACCCACUGAAUAAAGGAGAAAGUAAAAAAAUAUUUUCGGUUCGGUACCUUGCCGUUUUAGUGAAUAGACGUUGUUAUGUGUUUAAAGUGUUUGGAGUGUUUAACUUCAGAAAAAUCAUUUAUAUCUCUAUGAUUGAUUUUAAUAUUUGAAAAAUGUUGAAGAGUGAAGUGUCCUUUCAACGAUGUAACUGAAGAUAUGAUGACAAAUAUGGUUUCGAAAUGGUUUUAAAUAUGCAUAUAACACUUUAUCUUGAUCUUUCCCUUGAUUGAUAUAAUUGUGAUUUCCUGAUUUUAUCCAAUAUUUUAGAAUGAAAGCAUGUGCUUCUUUUUUAUAGGCCUUUACUAACAUGCAUUAAAUGUUUACAUUUCGCAAGCAAUAGCCAUAGUGCUUGAAUUGUUUCAUUCUAAAACAGGCGUGGAAAAUUCGUUUUCUACUAGGAGGUGUCGUAUGUGUCCUCAUGUGGCACCUUAAAGUGAAUUGCUGUAUGAUGAAUGGUCUGUUAUACAAUAAUAAUUAUGUUGAUAAUAUAGACGUGUAGCCACGUGUGACAAUAACAUAGAUGUUCAGUCACGUGUGACAUUAACAUAGACGUGUAGUCACGUGUGACAAUGACAUAGAUGUUCAGUCACGUGUGACAAUAACAUAGCUGUUCAGUCACGUGUGACAAUAUCAUAGAUGUUCAGUCACGUGUGACAAUAACAUGGAUGUUCAGUCACGUGUGACAAUAACAUAGCUGUUCAGUCACGUGUGACAAUAACAUAGCUGUUCAGUCACGUGUGACAAUAACAUAGAUGUUCAGUCACGUGUGACAAUAACAUGGACGUUCAGUCACGUGUGACAAUAACAUAGCUGUUCAGUCACGUGUGACAGUAACAUAGAUGUUCAGUCACGUGUGACAAUAACAUAGAUGUUCAGUCACGGAUGAUUGUGUGAGAUAAACGACCGGUAUUGCAUAUCUGUAUAUAGCAGAUAAUAAAUAACUUGUUCCAGAGGAAAAUAUUAUAAUUCAUCUUAUAAAUGUUCAUAAUAAAUAACUUAGAACUUUCUUAAUUUUUUCCAAGAAAUAUUUCAUAAGAAUAUCUAAAUGAUGCUAUUUUUUUUGUUUUAUCAAUAAUUGAACUAAUUCUGAGAAAUGUUCAUGCUCAUUGUUGACCAAUUCAUUAAA